CGCCGAUGACGUCACACUGAUCUGUCCGCCGGUUACGGUGCGGGUUUACGUACGGAAGCUGUUCGUUAGCAGUUAGUUGUUUGUUAGCCGUUAGCUGUAGGCUAGCCUUUAGCUGCAGUUCCGUUCAGACCAGACAUUUAAGGUUUUAAUGUCUGUUAGGAGGUAACAGACCAUUUUUACUUGGAAUCGUUUAGAACUCCCAUUUGGAAUCUGCUGAUUUAACACGCAGCAGGAGGGAAACAGUCAAAACCUGCACUCAAGAGGGGAGCUGCAAUAUGAGCAGUCAAGGAGGUGAACGGAGAUGCAAUGGAGCAGCUGGAAAACCCAGAGAGCAGGAGGAGAAGGAAGAGGACUUUUACGACUGCCAGGAGACUCUGGGGCUUCCAGACCCCAACGUGGAGGAGGAGGAGGCCCGACAGGAUGCAGAAGGGUCGGAACACUGUCAUGUUAAAACUGAGAGACUAUCUGACAGAAGAAACGACACUGAGACUGAGACAGAGGGAGAAGGAAUACAUCAGGAGGAGAUGCAGGGUGACAGGCUGCAGGAGGAUUCCGAUUCAGAGAUAAAGGAAGAGAAUAGCCAGGGGGAUGAGUUUGAUGAUGACUACCUGAGGGAGGUGGAGAAGGACCUGACAGAGGAGGAGAAGGAGAGUCGACGGCAGCAGAGUUUAACUCUGAAGGAAAAAGGAAACAGCCAGUUUAAAGCUGGGGACUGGUUGGAGGCGGAGCACAGCUACACGGAGGCUUUGGUUUUAUGCCCGGUUUGUUUCAGCAGAGAGCGAGCCAUACUGUUCUCCAACAGAGCUGCCGCAAGACUGCACCUGGAUCUGAAGGAUCGGGCGAUCUCAGACUGCACCAGAGCGAUAGAGCUGAAUCCAGACUACGUGCGGGCUUUGCUGAGGAGGGCAGAGCUCUACGAACAGAUGGAGAAGCUGGAGGAGGCUCUGGAGGACUACAAGAAGGUUCUGGACCGAGACCCAAACCAGACCAGUGCCAGGCAAGCCUGCAUGAGGUUACCUCAGCAGAUUCAGGAGAGAAAUGAGAAGUUGAAGGAGGAGAUGAUCAGUAAGCUGAAGGACCUGGGGAACAUGAUCCUGAGGCCAUUUGGACUUUCCACCAACAACUUCCAGGUGAACCAGGAUCAGGACACUGGAUCGUAUUCCAUAAACUUCGUCCAGAACCCAAACAACAACAACAGGUGAUGUCACAACGACAAAACCACGGACAGUGAUGACAUCACGGCAACAUGUGGCUGAACCUGUGUGUGUGUUUCAGAGUUAAAUAAAGUUUGAUGAGUUU